UUGAAACGAAGGUCCACGGACUAUCCACGACUGAGUGUUAUGAUAUUUAGGUUACCUAAAUAAGUAUAAACUAUUGAUCUCUUUCUGCACAGUGCGCAUGCGCGUGAAGAGAACAGGAAGUAACGUUCAGCAUCAUGUCAGUAGAAGAUCCAUUUUUCGUUGUGAAAGGAGAGGUGCAGAAGGCCCUCUCUCGUGCUCGGGGGCUGUUUGACAGAUGGGAGGAGCUGCUGCAGGAAGGCACUCAGGUCAGUCGGGAUGAGCUGGACUGGAGUGCCAACGAGCUGAGGAACUGUCUGAGGGCCAUCGACUGGGACCUGGAGGACCUCAGUGAGACCAUCAGCAUCGUGGAGUCGAACCCAGGGAAGUUCAGACUGGGAGACGAUGAGCUCCAGGAGAGGAGAGCCUUCGUGGAGCGCACCAGGACAUCUGUGCAG